AUGUACAUAGAUAAAAUUCUCAGUAAGUUCAGAUUGAACGAAACAAAUCCUAUCAGUGUAACGGUUGAUCUUAACGCAAUUUUACGUCCAGCGGAGGAAGUAAAUGAAAGUCGAGAAAAUGUGCCUUUUCGCGAAGCUGUGGGCUCUUUGAUUUUUCUUGCUACCGUAUCUUGGCCUGAAAUCCCCUUUUCUGCCAAUGUUUUGAGUAGACUUCUGAGUAAUCACGAUGACAGUCAUUGGCAAGCGGUGAAACGAAUUUUCAAGUAUUUUGUGGGAAUAGCUGAUUUUGGUAUCAAAUAUAGCGAAGGUGGGCACGAGCCACAGCUGAUCGGUUAUUCGGACGCGGAUUACGCCAGUGAUUUAGACACUCAAAGAUCCGUUAUUGGAUACGCUUUUAGUUUAGCAAACGGUCUGGUAUCGUGGUCUAUUCAACGUCAGAAUCUUGUAACUUUAAGCACAGCAAAAUCAGAGUACGUAGGCCGUAUGGCUUAG